AGCGCGUGUUGUUACCGGAAGUGGAGGGUGUUUCCAGCUGAUCCGCUCAACAACACCAGCCGAGCGACUUCCCCGCUCCACCCCGGACGCCAGAGCCGAGAACGCCGUGAACGACUGAACACCCCCGAGUUCUCUCCUGUUCUUCGGGGUUCCAUUCACUCGAAGAGCGGGGAAAGCUGCGGGAGGGGCCGAGCUUCCUCCGCCCCCCACCUCGCCGCCGUGAACCGGGGCUAUCGGCGGUUGCUAGCCCAACUGUCAUGAGCCCUGCUUGGAGAUGGCGUCCUUACCCGGUUUGUGCAAGACGGUCUGCCCAGCGGAGGAGGAGAAUGGAGAAGUGGACGGAUCUCUGCUGCAGAUGCUGAAGGCCAUAGCCGAUGAACGGAGCAGGUUGAAUAUCCGACAGGAGGUCAGCGGUCUCGGUUGCUUCAAAGAUGACCGCAUCGUGUUCUGGACCUGGAUGUUCUCCACAUAUUUCAUGGAGAAGUGGGCGCCGCGGCAGGACGACAUGCUGUUUUAUGUCCGCAGGAAGCUGGCGUACGUCAGCGCCGACAACACGGAUGGCAAAAAGGUGGAGGUGGAAGUUUACCGGCGGGACUCGAAGAAGCUGCCGGGCCUCGGCGAUCCCGACAUCGACUGGGAGGAGAGUGUUUAUCUGAACCUCAUCCUGCAGAAGUUGGACUACAUUGUGACGUGCGCCGUGUGCACUCGCUCAGACGCUGGAGACAUCCACAUCCACAAGAAGAAAUGUCAGGAAGUGUUUGCUUCACCCAGCAAACACGCCAUGGACAGCAAAGGGGAGGAGUCGAAGAUGAGCUACCCAAAUAUCUUCUUCAUGAUUGACAACUUUGAGGAGGUGUUCAGCGACAUGACAGUGGGCGAGGGUGAGAUGGUGUGUGUGGAGCUCGUGGCCAGCGACAAGAGCAACACAUUCCAGGGCGUCAUCUUCCAGGGGUCCAUCCGCUACGAGGCGCUCAAGAAGGUUUAUGACAACCGGGUGAGCGUGGCAGCAAAAAUGGCCCAGCGGAUGUCGUUCGGCUUCUACAAGUACAACAACAUGGAGUUUGUGAGGAUGAAGGGACCUCAGGGCAAAGGCCACGCCGAGAUGGCGGUCAGCAGAGUCCCGACUGGUGACACGUCGCCGUGCGGCACAGAGGAGGACCAGGUGUCGCCCAUGCACGAGCGGGUGACCUCCUUCAGCACUCCUCCGACCCCCGAGAAGAACCGACCCUCCUUCUUCUCCCCAUCCUUGAGGCGAAAGGUGCCGCGCAACCGUAUCGCAGAGAUGAAGAAGUCUCACUCGGCCAACGACAGUGAAGAGUUCUUCAGAGAAGAAGACGAUGAAGACAUUCACACGGCUACCAACCUGCGCUCUCGCUCUCUGUCUGGCACGGGGCGCUCGCUGGUGGGCUCCUGGCUUAAACUGAACCGGACUGAGGACUACUUCUUGCUCUACUCUCACCUGACCUACGUCACACUGCCACUGCACCGCAUUACCACUGAUAUCCUGGAGGUCCGCCAGAAGCCCAUCCUGAUGACAUAACAGUCGGACUGCAGUCACUCCAAGUGCCUACCUCCACCGGGCCGAUGAGACCACAGCAAACCCCAGCAAGAGCUGAGGCUACAGCUCCAUCUAGCGGUUAGGCUCGUGUUCCUGCAGACCAACGUCUGCACGUCAUGUGACCACAGGACCAUUGAGACUGUCCAGAAACGGACGACCGGUUCCACUACUGACCUGGCUGCACCCCCCACAGCACCACACCUCACCACAGGACCCCAGAAGCUGACUGUGUCACUGCUGCACCUCUUGACUCUUCGCUUCACCUUCCUCCUCCACGAAACACCACAGCACCUCAUGAGACUCUGUACCUUCCUAUCACACGUCUCUGCUUCUGCGUUUGACCACAGCACCUCACUCUCAGACCCUGACCCCACCCUCCCACCCGCCACCUCAGCUUCUACCAGGACCCAGACCUCAGCAGGACGAGAACAAACCAGCCAUCCAAGAAGUGCCUCCUCUUCUUCUUUUACGUUCCUGCUGUGUCCAGGUCCUUCGUGUGGAACCCGGUGUUCAGAUCACAUGACCUCGGCGAGGCAGCUGGCUGGUCAGAAGGACGUGACGAAUGUUUGUGAAUACUCUGCUGCUUCUCUCACUGAAUCGCCUUGAAAGAGCUUUGGACCACCUUGUUUUGUCCUGGAAAUGGGAGGAGGACUCGUGAACUUGGGUGUCUGAUACCGAUGGCUCCCAGUGGACUCCCACCUUUUAACUCAAUGACAGAAGUGGUUCUCUCAGCAGGAUGCAACCUUGACCAGUGAAAACUGCAGCGAUCAACCUUUUUGUUUUCAAUUUUCCUGCUUUAGCUUUUGUUGGAAAACUGCGACUCUCAAACUGGAAGUGACUUGAAAAAAAACUGCUGAAAAGGGAAAACGAGUCGGAAAGAAUAAGCUAUUUUUCCCAGGACGCUCCUGAAGCCUUAAGUCCAACUUCAUCUCCACGUCACCAGGCAAGAGCCGUCGCUUCCAAAGAUCCUCGGAACCGAGUCGAGCGCUUCCUGCCGAGUGUCCACAUGCUGAAACCAGCAAACUCUUUUCACAGAAUUAUUUAGUCAUCGCAGCGUUUCCUUAGUUGGGAUGUCUUCAGUAAUGUGAAGUCGACAGAGGAGGACACUGAAGGGAGAAAAGCUUUUAGGUCCAUAAAUGUGGAUACACUUAACAGUACAGUGUUUUUAGAGUAUUUAUAUUCCACAGGAUCACAGUAUGAUGUUUGAACUGUGUACAUUGUAUUUUAUUUUAUUUAUUAUGUUUGUAUUUUACUUUUGCAUCUGAACAAAAGCUUCAUUUGCAGGGCUUUAACCAGACAGCUCUGCGCGGUGAACUGACUUUGUACUCAUUUUCCCCUAAUUGGCAGAAUUUUUAAAAAUAAAAAUCUUCAAGAAGAGAAUUAAAGUUGAUAAUUAUUAAACAAGUGGCUAGAGUGAAUUUGAAUUAAGUGAAGGAGUUGUUGCAAAACUAUGCAUCCAAACAUUGAAUACGGAGUUAAAAAACAGUUGAAAUUUGUGAACUGGGUGAAGCCUGCAGAUACUUCAUACAAGUAUUUCUGAUCGCAAAGCUUGUUCAUUUGUGUGAACUCGACAUUCUCUCAGUACCACAAACACACACACACACUCUGAGGACCGCUAGCUUGUGAAGGAAUUAGUGAAGCGAUUGAACACAGGAUGGGCUGUAAAUACUGGACUCUGAUCUGGUGAGAAUGUGGUGUUUUAGACUGAACUGUGUGUUUAAUCACUUUCUUCUCCUCACCAUUGAUUUCCACUCAGAACCGAAGCCGUUAUUGAGCAGUGUGGACCGACCCGAGUGUCAGUGUUCUGUAGUUACCCGCAGCUGAAUGUACCAUGCCGCCCUGAUCCUGAGUUUGACAAACGGUUUACACUGUAAAAAGCUUUUUAAUGUUCUUCCAUCUGCAUGUGGACGCCACCUCUGUUUUUAGACUGUCAACUCUUACUUUGGAAAUACACUUCUCCACUAACCCCCUGUCUUGGUGCCUGAUCGUGUCUGGUGUGUGACUGCACGACUGCCGAACCCUCCUGUCUUUGGAGGCACCAAAAUGUUCAUUGAAUGAUCUACUCAACAUUCAGAGACAGUGACCAGUGAAGAAGUUUUUGUUUGUUUAUUCAUCAAUAGUCUUUACAAAUGUCAGACGAUGGCGACACGUCUCAGAAGGCCACACAAAGGACACUUGGACAAAUCAAAACCAGAGUCCACAUAACGGGGCAAAAAGUAAAAACCACUGGUCUGUUUGCGUUCUGCUUCCUGUCCAGAGAAGUUCACUCACACGAGGUCCAAUGGCUGUAAAGUCCAAUAAAUAGUUUCACAGGCGCACGACAACCUCCACACAUUCCACAACUAACGCUUUAUGAUUGUGUCUUAAUUUGUAAAACCAAAUCGAUUUGAGUUCAAGACAGAACAAUCUCAGCCGGAUCCUCACUCGCUCCAGUCGGGUUAAAAUCAGUUAAAAACUCUGAACAGCAGCGUCGGACCAGAGGGAAUGUAGCCCGGUCAUUCAGGACCGUUCACAGUAUCGACAGGCAUUAUCGCAAGCAACCGAGCAAGUUGAUGGGUUUAGUACAGUGUGUGUGUGCGUGUGUGUGUGUGUGUGUGCGUGUGUGCGUGCGUGCGUGCGUGCGUGCGCUCAGCCCUUCUUCUCCUCCAGGGUCUUGAGCAGCUCGUCUGCGUCCUCUGGAGUCUUCACUCGGAUGAGCAUUGGGACGGGACUGUCGGCAUUCUUCUCGUCAACAGGCGGAUUGGGAACACAGACCACCAUCACGUUGUUUUUCCCGACCCUUGAGCAAGGCAUGGACGCUUGCACGAUGAUGUUUAAGAGGAUGUUUCCUGCAACAGCACGGAAGGCACCAACUUACAGUUCUGCUGACUUGAGACUAGAGAUUUAUUUAAAUGUACUUCAAACAUGUUUUGUUACAAUUAAACCAGACCUGGGCAAAGGGCGGCCUGGGGGCCAUAUGCAGCCUGAUGCCUGUAUAUCCGUGGCUAAAACUAUAACUGAUCUGUUGCAAUUUUUCUGCCUUUUCUCUUUUUUUGGUCACAACCACCACCACCACCACUUCAGCAGUAA